AUGGAGGACGAUUCCGAUGUCGAGAUCGUGGUCGACGGCGAAUUGGAGAAGGACGAGACGGAAGAAGAGCUGGCGAGAUUGGUCUUUGGCGACAGCGCUGGAUUCAGAGAGGGGCUGAAAGACGUUGUCGUUGACGAAGAAGAGGUUGAAGAACAAGAAGAAGACGCAAUUGGCCUAGAAGGUCUAGACGAUGCGCAAGUAGGUCUGAGCAUACGACAAUUACUAGGGGCUCUAUUGUUGACACUUGAACAGCUAUUCUUCACCGAUACUGGCGAUAAUACGCUAGCCCCGCCACCCGAUACCGCGUCAGACGACGAAAGCGAAGACGGGACAUUGCGGUCGAAACAGCCACCUGCAUGGGAGGACAGCGAUGAUGAACGAACGUUGGUCUCGCUGGCUUCAGUGUCGCGAUUGCGGAAGUUACGAAGAACCGAAGCUGAAGAUGUAGUCACUGGCAAAGAGUAUGGAAGACGGCUGCGAAAGCAGUUUGAGCUGCUAAAUCCAGCACCAGCGUGGGCGAGGACUGCAUUGCACAAACCCGCAAGGAAGAAGCGACGCACUUCUGAAGCUGCGUCUGAUGAAGAUACGUCGGAAAACGAGAUGGACAUCGAUGAGGACCUGCCCUCGACCGCGCCUCUCUCGCAGUUAUUACAAGAUGCCGAAUCUCUUGUUCGUCAAGCAGGCCCAGGAGCAGGGAAGAAACGAAAGAUUCGACCCGAAGUCGUGGACAUCCAACGGCAGAAGGAUGUGCCUGGUGUGCAGCCAAGUGCCAUCACAUCGCUCUCCUUCCACCCCAACCUGCCGCUUUUGCUCUCCUCCGGACCAUCCUCGACACUCUAUCUGCAUCAGCUAGCACAAUCGCCGCCAGCUCCCACUCCCAAUCCACUUCUGACGAGCUUGCACGUUCGCGGGUCUCAGCUCACAACCACAGCAUUCCACCCGACAGAUUCGCGCAUCUUUCUUUCUGCACGACGACGAUACUUUCAUAUCUGGAAUCUAUCCACUGGCCGCGUAGAGAAGAUCACUCGUGUCUAUGGCCAACAGCACGAGCAGAAAAGCAUGGAAAAUUUCAAGCUUUCGCCAACAGGACGAUACAUGGCACUUCAAGGAUCUACCAGGAAAGGCGGCGGUAUCAUCAACAUUCUUGACGCCUCAACUUUGCAAUGGGUGGCGCAAGCUCGUAUCGAGUCCCGGGGUGGCAUAGCAGAUUUCGCAUGGUGGCGUGAUGGCAGAGGUCUGACUGUCGCGGGCAAAGGCGGCGAAAUCACAGAAUGGGACGUUGCUGAGCAAAAGGUGGUGGCAAGGUGGCAAGAUGAGGGAGCGGUGGGCACGACAACUCUAGCUCUCGGUGGACAACACGAAGUCACUAGAGGUCCCAUCGGCAACGAUCGAUGGAUCGCAGUUGGAAGCAGCUCGGGCAUCGUCAACAUCUACGACAGGCGAGCCUGGCUUGGCAACAACCCCAAAUCCGCGUCAGGAAGCGACGUGCCUCCGCAACCUAAACCCACGCGAACACUCGACCACAUCACAACACCCACAUCUCACUUGGCAUUUUCGCACGAUGGUCAAAUCCUGGCCAUGGCCUCAAAGUGGAAGCGAGAUGCGAUGAGACUGGUCCACCUGCCUAGUUGUACUGUCUUCAAGAAUUGGCCCACAAGCUCGACUCCUCUCGGACGAAUCACCGGCGUUGCAUUUGCAUCUGGCGACACUGGGUCUGGUAGCGAUGCCCACAGUAUACUUGCGGUCGCCAAUGAGCAGGGCAAGAUCAGGCUUUGGGAGAUCAGAUAGCAAGACAGCUGUCGGCAACGUGGACUUUCGCAAACCAACUUUAGUACGCGAAUCUUGCUAAUAAUUUCCAAGAUCGUCUCGCGUGAGCUUUCAUUGUCGCUGGUGUUUUGAAACUUCGCACGACUCUAGCUUCCCUACCAGAUAUGGACCGCACCGGCGAGAACCAUUCGGCUCCGGAAAAGAAAUGGAUUGGUCAUGGCCCUGAGGACAUACUACUUCACAGCUUUUUUAGGGAUAGAGACUUCCUGAGGACGUGAAGGACAUGAGGACAUGAGGACGUGAAGGACAACAAUCCCUAUAAGUACUACCCAACUACCCUUCUACAAUUUUUCCUUCCCUCAUCAAGACUUCUCGAAUGCAUCGAUAGCGCAAUAAGAGACACUGUCAUCGUCC